UACAACAACGUAUGUGGUGAUAAUGAUUUGUAUUGUGAAUUAAUUGCUUAAAAUAAACGCGUUAAAUUCUGCAAUUUUACUAAAGGUUAAUGAAACAUUUCAGCAUUUCUUAUAUUAGUGUAGAGGUUGUCUGUGCAGUGAGUUUGGAGCAUUUUUGGUUCGUUUUAGAAAUGCUUAAAAAUUGUUCGCAAAAGUGGCGUUUGUAAGCGAUAACUUAAGUUUUGAGCGUUAUUUUCUUCAGAAAAUGCAACAAGUGGACACAGAUCCGCCAUCCCUACCGGUUGGUACGGAGGUAAGUGCCAAAUACAAAGGAGCCUUUUGUGAAGCUAAAGUUAGCAAAGUGGUUCGUAAUAUAAAAGUAAAAGUGGCUUAUAAGCAAGGACUAGGAUCGGGAAUUGUGUCAGACGACGUAAUAAAAGUUGCACCUGGUCAACUGCGCGUCGGUGCUACUGUUGAAGUUCGUCAUCCUGAUCGUAAGGACUUGGUAGAAUGCACAGUUACUAAAAUUCAAGAUUGCUCGCAAUAUACGGUAGUUUUUGAUGAUGGAGAUAUAACGACAUUGCGCCGCACAGCUUUAUGCCUCAAAAGUGGCCGUCAUUUCAAUGAGAGUGAAACUUUGGACCAGCUACCAUUAACUCAUCCAGAGCACUUCGGAAAUCCUGUUGUAGGAGGUCGUCGGGGACGCAGACGUGGCCAGUUGAACGAUGAUAGUUCCGAUGAAGAAGAUGAAAGCGAUGCCAAAGAAGUUGUCAACGAAAAGGAGGAACACAUAGGAAAUGUUGUAUGCGUGGAAAUGGAAACAAAGAAGAAAGAUAAAGAAAAGUGGUUUCCAGGGCUUAUAUUAGCUCCUACAGCUCAAGCAAAUGUACGGAUUAGAGUUAAGGAUGAAUAUUUGGUAAGAUCAUUUAAAGAUGGUCGAUAUUAUACGGUUCCAAAGAAAGAGACAACCGAAUUUACUCGUGAAGCGGCAGCUAAACAGGAUGGUCAAGCAGUACAAGCUGCACUUCAAUACUUAGAUAGUGGAGCACUACCUCCCCAUUGGGAUCGUGAAUCUUUAUUUGGAUUAAAUAAUUCUUCCAGUGAGGGUGAUGGUGAAUUGGAAUCCGAUUCGUCAGAUGAUGAACCACGGGAGGAAAAAGAUCGUUUUGUGGCUCAAUUGUAUAAAUAUAUGGAUGAUCGUGGAACACCAUUAAAUAAAGUACCAUCAAUUCAAAAUCGGGACGUUGAUUUAUAUCGUCUAUUUCGAGCAGUACAGAAAUGUGGUGGUUACAACCGUGUUACCGCAAAAAAUCAAUGGAAAUCUAUAGCGGUACGCUUAGGUUUUACGUCAAUAACAGUUAGUGUAACCAAUCUGGUUAAGCAAGCGUAUAAAAAAUUUCUUCAACCAUAUGGUGAAUUUCAUCGUAAACUUGGAUGCUCAAUGCUUAUGACACCUCGUAAUUCUAACCGAAGUAAGGGCCGUAGUUUAGUUCGAGCAAACUCUGUUGCUUCCCCAAAGCCAAUUGACAGCAGUAAAGAGUCCUUGAACAAACCUGCAAACAACACUAUAGCUGCGCCAUCGUUUUCAUCAUCGUCAUCUGUCUCUAGUAGCCAAAAUAUUGCAGCAUCGUCAGUUGUAACAACAACCGCCAAUGUAAUUACGGUAGUAACUCCUUCUGUGACGGAAGAAUCGGAAAAUACAAGCGAAUCCAGUCUGGAUACUGCCAAGAAUAAGAAAAAAACCGUAGUGGGAAAAGUUAAAGGUCUUGUUGAAAAGUAUGAAGAAAAAUCGAGAGAUGAUUGCGAUGUGCCGCUUUCAAAAAUUAGGACGUCGGCCGAGACUCCACGAUGUGAAGAGAAGGAUAAGGCACCAUCUCUAAAGGAUGUUCCUGCCGCCCCAACAUCACAUAUAAGAGACUCUUCACCCCCAGGUACAAGUGCUGGAAGUAAAAAAGAUAAAAGUCAAAAAAGGCAAACCCCUCAGAGUGACGACAAGCGAAACAAACGGAAAAAAGAUGACACCAUUGAAAAGGUAGAUGCCGGCGAUUUUAUUGUUGAGGUAGGCGAUAAACUUAAAGUUUAUUAUCAUGAGAAAAAGGUGACUUAUGAAGCAAAGGUUAUCGAAAUAUCUGUACAACGGGGUUCACCGAUGUACCUGGUUCAUUACACCGGUUGGAACAAUCGUUAUGAUGAGUGGGUACCUAGAGAACGUAUUGCUGAAAACAUAACUAAAGGGUCAAAACAGAAAGGGCGUAUGUCAAGUGCAAGCGGAAUGGAGAAGCAAAAGGAGAACCCUUCAAAGCCACCUUCGGUUUCCUCUUUGAAUCCGUCAGGUCCUCCAAAUUCGAUGGUAAAUAUAAUAGGCAACACAUCAAUAUCAACAAAGUUGUCAGUAUCAUCAAAACGUGGUCGUGGUCGAAGUGACUCGCUCCCGCCGCGUUCCACUACACCCUCAUCAGUGGCAUCUAACUCCAGCCGAACAAAAUCACCUGCUACAUCUGGUCUAAAAAGAAGACCAAUUCGUUCAAUGGUUAAUACUACACGACGUACGUCAGCAAACGUUUCUGAUGUUUCUUUGCAAAGUGAAUCUGACACGGACUCCGAUGAACCGGUAAGACGUCCAACGCGUGGUAGUAAAGAAAUUGAGUACAAAUCAGAGUCUUUAAGUGGUAAAGGGACAAACAAGAGUAUCAACUCGGAUACAGAUGUUGACGAUGACGAGGAUGAUACUUCAAUUAUUAUAGGAACCAAUAGUAAUUCCACAAAGGGUCGUAAUUAUGACCUUAAUCAAAUUCGAUCUGAACUAAGGGGCUUAAAAUCCCCUUCGCCAUCAUAUGUGCGAAACGCCGAAUCGAUGUCAAAAGUGACACAGCCGAUUAAAGUAGAGAGCGUAAUAGCUGUUAAAGAUGUUUGUUCUUCUAAAAGCAAAGCAAUGAUAGAAUCAAAUGCUGAGGUGAUCGCCAUUAAACAAGAAGUGAAACAAGAUCAAAAAGAUGAUAAUGUGAAAUCGUCUACGGAUAUGUCUUCAGAGACGGAAUCAUUUUGUGAUGAUGACUCACAAUCAUCAGGCAAAACGACAACUCUUGAAAACAUGACAAAAAGGUUUCAGCAAAAAAUAAAAGCAGGAAAACAACAAGCUUUUGAAAAACUUUCCUGUGGAAACCCUGCAGUGGAACGUGUACCAAAAGUUGUAGAAAAAAUAAUACAGGAUUCACUCGCAGAAAAACUUCAGGAGAUUCUCAAAACCAAACCGGAAAUAAAUAAAGAGGAAGGCUUAGAGGCGAAUGUUAACGACACUGCCUUAUGUAAAUCGGAUAUUGAUAAAGAAGAUAGUAAACAAAAAUCCUUACAAACUGAAUUAAUUCAAAAGAAUACCUCAAAUAUCCAGCCCAGAUUUGAAAGCACCACAUGUAGUAGCAAGUAUUCAUCCCUAAUUUUAGAAAAGCCAGAAUGCUCUAAUAAGAAGAUAGAAUCUGGUUGUUGCAAAAAGACAGACAUUAGCAGAAAAGGAGUCAUAGAUAGUAUAGAAAGCCAAUCAAAAAAAAGUAUAGAACCUCUGGUGAAAGAGUUAAAUAAAGGUGAACCGUCAGCAGCUUGUUCUCCAUCCUCAUCAUCUUCAUCGUCAUCCGCAUCGGCAUCUUCAUCUUCUCGUUCAUUACCAGACAUGAGCAAGCUAGAUAUUAGUGGAGGAUCUUCGACUUCUUCAAUAUAUGUGAUGCCUAAUAAAGACACAAAGUUAAUAUCUAUUGCUCCGAAGGCGACAUCACCUGAUAUUUAUGAGUUCAAAGAUCCGGAACCCUUUGAAUUUGAAUUACGAAAGUUACAAACUACCAGCGCAAAUAUUUCGUCCUUGACCACGGGUAUAACAAGUGCAUGUAAUGUAUCUGGAAUUUCUCGAAAAUCAACUCAAAAAAGUGUAAUUUCACAAAUUUUAGUUAACGAAAAGCAACAACCACCUCCAAACCCAAUGACCGCUUUAGUAAAUCGCAAAAAAAAGGGCUCGCCAAUGAAGGAAGCUGUAGUAGAUAAAUCUAAGUUACUUAAAACUGAGGGAAAAUUAAAUAUAAUGUCAGAUGGAAAAAUCAAUAAAAUUGCUUCUACUAUUUCAGUCGUAACAAAAAGUACAUUAGAUAGUCAAACGAACUUAAUGACUCUGAAUCCAUUAUCAGAAAAUCAGCAAAUCAGUCUUUGUAGUAACUCGAUUACACAGAAAACAGAUACACUGAAUAAUACAUCAUUCGAUACAUUGAGAACUUCACCAAAUUUCAAUGUAAACAUAAACGCCUUAAAUGAGGAGUUAGCGCAAACAGUACAGGAAACAACCAGAGCCCUUACUGAUGCUUUUCAAAAACCAAAGCUAUCUUCUUUACAGGAAGUCACUGGUACGCCUCCAAAUUUGGCGUCUGCGAAACAAAAUGAUAUUGAGAAUUUGAUGACAUCUUCUAAAAACCAACAAGAAAACGUUUCAACAUUAAUUAGUCCGUUACCGACAGCGCCCAUUAAGACAGUUAUUGGCAGUCCAUUUAUAGAGACACGAAAAGAUCUGAGCAAUGUUUUUGAGUUGAGUACGAGCGAAGGAUUUACAUCAUUAAGUGAAUCGAAGGACAAUAAGUUUGAAUUCGAGAAUGCUAAGAAAAUGCUUUCUGCAACAUCAGACGCAUUCGAUUUAGAACCUGCUAAGUACGAGAAUAGGCCGACAUCCAUCGCUGAUAAACUUUUAAAAGCUAUAAGUCAAAAAAAAGAGGAAGAUAAAUAUAAAAUUGAGCCUAAAAAUGAGAAAGGAGAAGAUGGCGGAUCUUCGAAAGAUGAUUUUACGGUUGUAAAAAAUACAGCAGAGUUGAUACUUGGAAAUGAUUGUGCUUCAAAUGAACCAUUAAACAUUAACAUAGAUUUAGCCGGUUCUCCCAUGAGCUUCGGUAGUAAUUUAAGUUUAGAAAAAGUACCCAUCAUAACUGGCUCAAUAAAUAAACCCAUUCCUCUUACAAGCCCUGAACCGAAGUUGGGAAUACUAGAGUCGAUUACAGUAAAAAAUAAUGACUUAACGGAAACAAUACAGAAACUUGAAUGUGCCAUUCAACGGAAAACGCCAGUCAGUGGACUUUCAGUUACAACUACACCAAACACAUUUUCAGAGGAUUCGAUGGAUAGUACUGAUUCGGAACGUCGCCUUGUUAUAGAAGACGUGGCUGAAGACAUGUGUGAUAUUCUUAAAAGUCCCAACGAUUCACAGCAUAUUGGUGAGACAAAAAUAAGUAUAUUAUCACAUAAAACAGAUGUUGCUGUCAGUAAAGCAGUGACAGACAACAUUUCACCGCAUAUAAGAGCUGAUUCUCAAAUCCCCCAAACUCCACAUACAAGUCGACAAUGUCUUAGUGCAUCAGUUCCGUUUCCAACAAUUUCGGCCCCUGUAGUUGUGACUUCAGCAAACAAAAUAUCAACAGGCUUACAUGUUGUGGCUGAUAUGACAAACGAACAGAAAGGGCCACAAUUUGGAAAUCAGGAAGUACAAAAGAAAGACAAGCGAAAGCAAGAAGGGAGCCUAUCUGUGGGCAUUGAAAAUAGUGCUGAUAAUGAAACAAGGUCUAAUGAAAACACUAAUUUAAGAGAUAGUUAUGGUGUUAAGUCUUUUGAAACUGUUGCGCCAUCAUCUCUAAUUGAAAGUUCUAAGCAAUACACUCAAAGAUCAACAGAUGUUGUACCGAUUUUGGUUCCAGAUAUUCCAGUUUCGGUUGUUGUAGCUUCUGGAGCGGUGCCCUCAGUAAAAGCCGCAGCACAGGCAGCAGCUGAAGCAGCAGUUCAAAGUCCUACUUCAAAAAUUCAUACCAUCUCAAAUGUGGAUCAUAAAGCCCCAGUAUCUAAAACACUCAUACCUUCAAAUUUAAUUGUAUCUUCCGAAGAAACUGUGACUAUAGAUAAAAAUUUGGAGAGUAAUAUUAAUAUUCAAGACUCGAGUGUAUAUAUUGAUGCAUCAAAUGAUUUGAAAAUUACUCCGCCGUCAACAGUAAUCUGCCCAUCAGUCGCAGGUAUAUCAGCUAAUUCAGGCUUUUAUUUGGAUAUGCGUACAGAGCUCCGACCUGAAGACGGUGUAAAACCUAUUAACGACGCUUCAAACACAACUUCUGAGAUUGAUCGUUUUAGCUGUAAAAAAGUUGAAGGCAGUUUAUGUGCUGAUGAAUUAGCUUCUAAUUUUGGUGUUGAUACCAAUAAUGAGUCUAUAAACCUUCUUUGCGAGGAAACAAUUCCUGGCAGUCCAACACCUGCUUUUGGAGGAAAAGAGGAACCUUCGGGAACACAAUUAGCUACAGAGAGCACUUUACUGUUGGAUAGCAACAUUAAGAUUUUAACUGUCACGGAGCCAGGUGCUUUGCUUGCUAAUAUGAAUAAUUCCCCAAAUGAUUCAGCAAGCCAUGAUGACAGCAGUGAGGAUGUAAAAAAACAAGUUGAUAUGGAGAACGAAAUAUCCCCUAGAAAACGUCGGCGACCCAGAAAGCAAUCAGAAAUGAUCAUCAUAUCAGAUCACCAUACCAAACGUCGAAGACAAAUGGCAUGUAUGAAAAAGAUUCCAGCAGGUUCCGAUAGCGACGAAAACUCGGAUGGUACAUCGCAACGAAUUCUUGAAUCCCGGCAUCAUUUCCAACAACAAUUUCAACUACAACAGCCACAAACAUCCGUUGGAAUUCGAUCUUGUCCCUAUAACUUCUUGGUACACUUAGAUCCGAGUCUAGGGUCUGACCAGUGCAUUGCUAUUUUAUUAAAACAAAUUCAGGAAUUGCGGAAAACCUAUAAUGCAAUCAAAAUCGACCUCGCGAGUAUUGAUCGAAGACGUAAAAAAUUACGACGACGGGAAAGAGAAAAGAAGCAACAAGUGCAAAAUCAACAAGUUAAAAUUUCUUAAUUAUGUUUUACAUAAAUACAGAAUGUGAAGAAUUCUACAAUUAAAUUGAGUUAUACA